GAAUUGAACCUGCUUGCUCACUCCCCCAAAGGGUACGCAGCACGGAUUCAAAGGGCCGUUGCACUGUUCCCUUCGGUCACCGAAGAUUCGACGACAUGGCAGGGGGGUUGACGGAUGUCGAGCCCCCAAACUAUGACCUAAUCAAGGCAUGGAGGUCCAUUGUCACGCUUGUCGUCUUCGUUCUCGCCAACAUCGUCGUCCUCUUUCCCUUUCAUAUUCCCAUCUACGUUCCCCGCCGGCUCCACGACGCUUUUCUGGACUGCCUGAGCGCCGUGCGCAUCAUUUGUCCCCGGGACCGCGAUGGGCCGGGAGACCGGUUCCGUGACCAUGGCUUCGACAAGACUAGCAAGCGGUCGUCUGGCUAUGUCCGCCUCAACUUUCCCAUGAACAUCGUCACUGGGCCCCUGAUCGCCGACCUCUUCCUGCUCGCGAUCCUGGCCAUCGGCGGCCGGGAGGUGCGGGAGGGAACAAUUGGGGCCCACAACAUCUCACCGCUCGACAUCAUGCUCUUCUUCAUUUCACUCGCAUACAUCGCCAUUUCCAUUGAUGCGUCCGGCAUCAUCAGGUAUCUGGCUUUCAGGGUGCUGACGUGGGGAGGCAAGACCGGCCACCGCCUGUUCUUCUAUCUCUACAUUUUCUGGUUCGCCCUGACCUCCUUCGUCGGGAACGACCCUGUCAUUCUCUCGGGGACGGCCUUCCUUGCAUACAUGACGCGUGUCUCGAGCAACAUCGUCCAUCCACGGGCCUGGAUCUUCUCUCAGUUUGCGGUAGCCAACAUCGGCUCGGCCAUCUUGGUGUCGUCCAACCCGACCAACCUCGUCCUCGCUGGGGCGUUCCAGAUCAGGUUCAUCGAAUACACAGCCUACAUGAUCGUACCGGUCAUCAUCACGGGGAUCAUCCUGUUUCCGUUUCUACUCUACAUCGUGUUCAACAACGAGUCGCUCGUCCCGCGAUCCAUUAACUUGCACGAGCUCCCCGCGGAAGCGAGAGCUCGCAAGCCUGUCAAUCCGAACAUCCCGCACGCCAGGGGGACCGCGGAGCAACAAGAAGACGCCCCCGGUGAGGAGGGGAAGCUGCUAUCGCUCGAAGAGAUCAUGAAUCCCUUCCUAGACCGCAAGGGCGCCGCCUUCGGUGCCAUCGUAAUGGCUGCCACCUUGAUCGCUGUGCUGGCAUACAACGCCUCGACCACAGGAACCGGCGCCAAACCGGUAUUCUACGUCACCCUGCCCGCCGCGUGCGUCAUGUUCGCCUGGGACGUGGCAUUUGGGUGGAUGCACCGCCGCGAAACGCGCAGGAUAGCCCGUGAGGGCCGGGAGGAACUGGAGCGUCUCCGGGUGAAGAGAGAGGAGGAAAUGACGCUCGCAGCCCAAGGAUCCGAAGGGUUUCCGUCAUCUGCAGGAUCUGUCUCUUCACAGAUGGGGUCGCCACGCAGUGGAUUGACUCAAAAGACUGCACCUAGCAAUGCGAAUCCUAACGACGAGAUCACUACCGCUAAUACCCCCGAGAAACCAUCAUCUGAGGCUAGAGACCCUGAGGGCAGCCGCGAAAAGGCCGCCGCUCCUCGAGAAGCAUCGCCUCAACAGCCGCGUGAGCGGACGACGCUGGAGUCGCUUGCGAGAGACUUCUACGUGUGGUGUCAGGAGACCUUCCCCACAGCCACAGCCGUCAUCUCGCACUUGCCAUUUGCGCUGGUGCCCUUUGCAUUUUCCAUGUUCGUUCUGGUCCAAGCACUGGUGACCAAGGGAUGGGUGCAGAUCUUCGCAGUAGGCUGGGACGCCUGGGUGCGGAAGACCGGGACGAUAGGAGCCAUUGGAGGGAUGGGCUUUCUCUCUGUUGUUCUUAGUAACUUCUCCGGUACCAACAUCGGCACGACCAUCCUUCUCUCCCGCGUCAUCCAAGCAUGGCAGGUCAUCCACCACUACGACCACACCGACCUCAGCGAGCGUACGUUCUGGGCAACGGUCUACACGAUGGCGCUGGGCGUCAACUUCGGCGCCUUCAGCACCGCCUUCAGCGCCUCGCUGGCCGGUCUCCUCUGGCGCGAUAUCCUCGCGAAGAAGCAUAUCCACGUCAGACGUCUCGACUUUGCGAGGGUGAACCUCCCGAUUAUUGCCAUCGCUAUGACGGUCGGGUGCGUGGUGCUCAUCGGCGAGAUGUGGAUAAUGAAAGACGAGAGGCCAUUAGAGCUAUGAUGUGAUGAGGAACGGAUACUAGCGGGCAUUUAGACAUGGUUUUC